GACUCACUCUAAUUCUAAUCUGUGGAAAGUUUCACCCAGGUCGGGCAUCGUAUAUUCCUGCUGAGAACUUGCAAGGGGGAAUGUGUCGUCUGCUCGGUCAGGCGUGACGUAGCGGCGCACGCGCAACUUGCACGCGGGAUGAUGAAACAAAGUUGUAGGUGAGCAAUCAAUGAGACAGCCCCCAUUUCUCCAGCAGCAGGUUCGUCGUGUCACGUUUAGCCACGGUGACAUCACCGUCACUCGGUAGUAUAUAAGACAGACUGGGUCGCCGCUUUCAGCAUAUCAUCUCUGUCCACUCAGCAAUUAACUCACAGCUCAUUAUAACUGCCGGGACUCGUCUGCCUCAUACAGAUCAACAGAAACAAGCUGAUUGCGAAACUUCAGCGUGCUGUUAACAAGGAUUUUAAAACAAACUUUUGACAGAUUCAAGAAGUGACCAUGUCUGGGUUUACUUUCAGCACAUUUUUAAACUUGGCUGUGUAUGUUGUCGUCUGCUGGGUAUUGCACGUGGAAGGUCGGCACGUCAAAAGAGCAUGCAAGAGCUCCGAGAUUGACAUCAUGACUUCCAGCGGAGCAAAGAUUGAGCCGUGGACAUUGAGCCGGGUACAACUGCCUCGUCUGUCAAAAACCUUCAGCAGUGACGGUCACAAACUAACUUUCGAGUUCAGGACGACCUCCCAAUCGGGUCUGUUGUUCUAUGGCACCAUGAGGAACCGGAGAGCGUCCAAGCUGAUCGUUCUGCAGCUGGUCCGUGGAAAACUGUUCUACACCACCAGGUGCCCGUCAGCUGACUCCGGACUACUCCUCCCUACACCCUACAGGUUGGACGACGGCAAGUGGCACACAGUCGAAUUUCGACGAGAGGGAAGAAAAGGUUACAUCAUUCUGGACAACCAACCCUACUUCAAAACCUACCCAGUCACCUGCAAACUGACGUCAUUUGUUUUCGGCGGCCUUGAACCAGUGGACGCAGCCUCCGUCCUGCCCCUAUUGCGAACGAGCACACAUUUCGAUGGCUGUAUUCGGAAUUUGAGUCUGAACAUCGACCAUGGUCUUGCUCCUCGGUACUACGCCGUAUCCAUCUGCAGCUAAGGUCUUGUCCCGUGAAAGUGGAACUAAAACGUAGAAGCCACGAUUGUUUGUCACGUGGGCUGUUUUGGCGCCAAUGCAAUAGCAGUUUGAUCUGUUAGAUUUUUGACGUCAUCAGAUUUUACUGAUCAACCCGGGCAGGCGAGACCCGACAGGGCGCGUGGUGAGUUUCCGACCGAUGACCUUUGACGACGCUAACCUGUCACAGCGCCACCCUGUUACAACCCCGUGUGCUUGCGUGACCACCUGUGUUCAGCUCGACCUUGACCUUGUGCACACCAUCGGCUAUAUCAGCAACAUUGACCUGGGCCUUCGUUACAACAUCGUCACAAUGACGAUUCCAUUAGUCAAGUACAACCAUUGCCGUCCAUUACAUUGUAAACUUUACAAGACCCUUGACCUUACAUUACUGAAGGUCGCCUUGACCUUACAUUACUGAAGGUCACACAUAUACAGUCGCAGACAUAUAAGGCCCAUGCCAGGCCUUUCGCAGUGCUCACCUGUCCCAGAUAGUUCAUUUGGGUUGUUUGUUGGGUUAGUUUUAAUAUUUUGGAAGUAGAUGUACUAUUUUUUCGUCAUUCAACCUCCAACUUCCAUUUCGAUGUCACUCGUGCGUUAUAGGUGUUAAUUUCUAUUGUUGUAUUAGCUCAUGCCGAGAAGUCGUCUCCUUGCUGUGUGCUCUAUCCCAUUAAAACAUGGAGUAGUUCGCCAACUCUCAGUAGUUAUAUGUCGCAUUAUAAAGUUUGCUGUAGUAACUUUGUCCAUCACAACUACUUCUGUAUUGGUGUAUUUAUUUAUAUGAAGCUUGUCGGACGUUUCUGUUAAUGCGUUUAACAUUAAUUUCAUUGGCGAAAAUGGGACAUACCGCGAAGUUGAGAGCGUGCCCCUGGACCGUUGUAAGGUCGUUACUGCGGCCAGGUUCAAAUGUAGACGCAGCCUGCGUGGCACCGAUGACGUCAGUCAUUAACUUAACAUGUAAGUAUGUAAAUGUAUUACAUAUUGUUAUUUAUUCAUCUGUGAUACAGUGCCGUCAAUGUCUCAGCUGUGCAUGUCAAUACUGCGUACUCCAGUUGCCUGUUAGGUAGCAUAGAUUGUUAGCUUUCCUUGUUAUUUUGUAAAAUAUUUACAAUAUUGCUAAUAAAUUUAUUACAAAUAAUGAA